CCGAAGAAAGUUGAGGGAGGUUCGGUGGCAGCUGGGUUUUGUAAAAUGGACAGCCAGGGAAGGAAAGUGGUGGUCUGUGACAACGGCACUGGAUUUGUCAAGUGUGGCUAUGCAGGCUCCAACUUCCCAGAGCACAUCUUCCCUGCGCUGGUUGGCAGGCCUAUCAUCCGCUCCACAGCCAAAGUGGGAAACAUUGAGAUCAAGGACCUUAUGGUGGGAGAUGAGGCCAGCGAGCUGCGCUCUAUGCUGGAGGUCAACUACCCGAUGGAGAAUGGUAUCGUCAGAAACUGGGAUGACAUGAAACACCUGUGGGACUAUACCUUUGGCCCUGAGAAGCUCAACAUCGACUCACGCAACUGUAAGAUUCUGCUGACUGAGCCGCCUAUGAACCCCACCAAGAACCGGGAGAAGAUCAUUGAGGUAAUGUUUGAGACCUACCAGUUUGCUGGAGUCUACAUUGCCAUUCAGGCUGUGCUUACUCUGUAUGCUCAAGGCCUUUUGACGGGUGUGGUGGUGGACUCAGGUGAUGGGGUUACACACAUCUGUCCAGUGUACGAGGGCUUCAGCCUACCCCAUCUGACACGUCGUUUGGACAUCGCAGGCAGGGACAUCACCCGCUACCUCAUUAAGUUGUUGUUGCUGAGGGGCUAUGCCUUCAACCAUUCUGCAGACUUUGAGACGGUGAGGAUGAUGAAGGAGAAGUUGUGCUAUGUUGGUUACAACAUCGAACAAGAACAGAAACUGGCCCUGGAGACCACCGUUCUUGUUGAGUCCUACACGCUUCCAGAUGGCAGGGUGAUCAAGGUAGGUGGGGAGAGGUUCGAGGCCCCUGAGGCGCUUUUCCAGCCCCACCUCAUCAAUGUGGAGGGAGUAGGUGUGGCAGAGCUGCUCUUCAACACCAUCCAGGCUGCUGACAUAGACACCAGGGCGGAAUUCUACAAACACAUAGUGUUGUCAGGGGGCUCCACCAUGUACCCUGGUCUGCCAUCUCGGCUGGAGAGGGAACUCAAGCAGCUCUACCUAGAGCGUGUGCUCAAAGGCGACGUGGACAAGCUCUCGAAAUUCAAGAUCCGCAUCGAGGACCCUCCCAGGCGCAAGCACAUGGUGUUCUUGGGCGGGGCAGUGCUUGCUGACAUCAUGAAAGACAAGGACAACUUCUGGCUGACCCGGGAGGAGUACCAGGAGAAAGGAGUCCGUGUGCUGGAGAAGUUGGGAGUAACCGUCAGAUAAACCACUGGAUGGAUAGACUCCGCUCUCUGUCUUUCUUUCUCUUUCUUGCUCUCUUCUCGGUCUCUCUCUCUCUCUUCUCGGUCUCUCUCUCUCUCUCUCUCUCUCUCUCUCUCUC